AUGGCAAGUUCAUAUACAGUUGUAGUAAGCUUUGUAUUAGCUUUUUAUUGUGUAUCUGCUAAAGAAAAAAUAGUAGGCUGUUAUUAUGGCACGUGGGCAACAUACAGAAAUGGCCUAGGAAAAUUUGAUGUCAGCAACAUAAAUGUAGAUCUGUGUACACAUUUAGUUUACACUUUUGUCGGUAUUUCUAACGAUGGAAAUGUCAUAUCUCUUGAUCCUUACUUGGAUUUACCGGACAAUUGGGGCAGAGAUAAUUUCGGGAAAUUUAAUGCUCUCAAGCAACAAAAUCCGAACCUGAAAACAAUAUUGGCCGUUGGAGGAUGGAACGAGGGCUCCGCAAAAUACUCAGUGAUGGCAGCCAAUCCCACUCUUCGGAGAAACUUCGUAACGAGUGCCCUAAAUUUCGUUAAAUCAUACGGCUUUGAUGGCCUGGACGUAGAUUGGGAAUAUCCGAAUGCACGGAACUCAGUAAAUGGUCAAGCUGACAUCGAUAACUUUACACAGCUCCUAAAAGAAUUAAGGGAAGAGUUCGAUAAAUAUAAUCUUUUACUAAGUUCUGCUGUUGCUUCUGUUAAAGAUAAGGCCUCACUCUCCUACGAUAUACCAGCAAUUUCACAAUAUUUAGAUUUUAUCAAUAUAAUGGCUUACGACAUGUAUGGGCCUUGGGAACCAGUGACCGGACAUAACGCUCCAUUACACAAAGGCGAAGGAGAUGAAAACACACCAAAAGAAAGUAUUUAUUCUGUAGAUGUCGCUUUGGAGUAUUGGCUAAGUCAAGGAUGUCCCCCAGAGAAAUUAAUACUCGGACUUCCAUUGUAUGGUCAUACUUUCAAAUUACAAAAUGCUGCUGUGAAUGGAGUUCGUUCUCCGAUAAAUGGACCAGGAAUUGCAGGUCCUUACACAGCUACUAAUGGCCAAAUCGGUUACAACGAGUUUUGUGAUAAAAUCCGAACAGAAACCUGGGAUUUGCGUUAUGAUAAUUUAGCAAAAGUACCUUACGCUGUCCAAGGUACAAAUUGGGUCUCGUAUGAUGAUGAAAAUUCUUUAGUCGAAAAAGUUGAAUAUGCCUUAAACUUAAAUAUUGGAGGUGUAAUGGUUUGGAGUAUAGAGACUGACGACUUCCAUGGAAUCUGCCACUCUGUAGAUUUCCCUUUAUUGAGAGCUGUUAAUCAAGCUGUCGGCAGGUCUCUUCCUUCACCAUCUCCUCCGACAUCAGUUUCUCCUACUACUAGUUCGUCAAAUGUACCCGAUACUACCAUUAGCACUACAACCUCUUCGUCUACGUCAGAAACUACUGAGAAUCCAUCUGUUUGCAAAGAGGAAGGAUUAACCGCAAAUCCAAAAGAUUGUUCAUCCUUUUAUAUGUGUGUACGAAGUGCUGAUGGUUUCACCCAUUUCAUUCAGUAUUGUCCAUCGAAUCUCUAUUGGGAUCAAGAUAAAAAAAUAUGCAACUAUGCAGACUCAGUACAAUGCGAAGCUUAA